AAUUUUUUCCACCAUGUAACGGUGCAAAAAAUAUCGAAAUUAAUCGAAAACGUAUUCUAUCACCAUUCAGAAGGAAGUUCUGUGUGUUAGUUAAUUCCACCAAGUUGGCAGUACCGCUUGAAUGACAUUCGCAAAAAAACGCCGCGACUAGAACAAGCUUGCGAAAAAUUAUAAUAAAAUUAAAUAUAUUAAAUUAAUUGGUACUUAAGAACGCCAACACACACACUAAUACAAUGCUGAUCAAAGUGAAGACACUGACAGGCAAAGAAAUUGAGAUUGACAUUGAACCCACAGAUAAGGUUGAUCGCAUCAAGGAGCGCGUCGAGGAAAAAGAAGGCAUACCACCCCAACAACAACGUCUCAUAUUCUCCGGCAAACAAAUGAAUGAUGACAAAACGGCGGCGGACUACAAGGUGCAAGGCGGCUCAGUGUUACAUUUGGUUCUGGCUUUACGUGGCGGCAAUCAUAUCUAUCUACAGAAUUAGACUGGCGGUCGGCGUGUUGAACUCGUCUUAGUAAAUUGGUAAUUGGUGAUCCAUUUAAGUCAUUUUCUACAAAGCCACUUUCAUGUUACUCAAAUAAAAGCCCUCAACGGUAUUUACAUAUAAACAAAAACACACAAAAAUGAUUGUCCGCUGUUAAGAUGUUGGACAGGGAUGCCGAGAAAGUUGCUUUACUUGAUUUAA